UUGCUCCUGGGCCUGGCGGAGCAGGAGCGAGCAAAGCAGCUCAAGGUCUCUGCUCUGAAGUGUUUGCAGGUCCUGGUCCUGCAGUGCGACUGCCGGGAGCACCGGCCCCUUGGCGACGACGAGGCGCAGCAAUGCGGGGAUUUGUUCGCUUCUUUUCUGCCUGGGAUUUCCAUUUCCCUGUCUCGGGUCGUUACCGGAGACAUCAAACAAGGGCACAAACCCACGGUGUCUGCCAUCAGGCUCUUUUACUUGAUUGUUGGCCUGGUGAUGGCCGAUGCACAGCUAGCCAGAGUCCCAAAGAGCAAAGAAAAGCUGCCAGAGAAGCAAAGCAGAAUAUCAGAACUAAUGGUCCACAGAGGACCUGACUGGAGCAAAAGUACGGCCGAAAAACUGUCUCUCCUCCUGCAUAAAAUGGUUGAAUUCUCCUCAGUCCACCCCCACUGGAAAGUGAGACUGGAGCUGGUGGAACUGGUCCACCACUUGUUGAGGAACUGCAGCCAUUCACUGGGGGGCUCCUUCACUCACCUCCUGAAGGCCUUGGUGGGGCUGGUUAAUGACGAAAGCAGCGACGUCCGGAGCAGAUGUAACGAGGUUCUGCGGGGCAUCGCGGAGCAGAGGAUCAUAGCACAGAGCAGGGCUCUGGCUGAUGUCCUCUCCGAGAACCUCCACUCCCUCGCCACAGCGCUUCCUCGCCUGAUGAGCUCUCAGGAUGACGUGGGCAAGAUCUCCACUUUGAGCUUGCUGCUCGGCUACCUGAAGCUGCUGGGCCCUAAGAUGAACGUUGUCCUCAACUCCGCAUCCCACCUCCGCCGCCUGUCCAAGGCACUGAUGCAGGUUCUGGAGCUGGACGUGACGGAUGUGAAGAUAGUGGAGGACAGACGCUGGGUCUGCGAGGGCUCCCUGCAGCCCGGUGUGCACAAAGGCAGCUGCCAGAAGAAAUACUUCCGCUUCUUCACAGAGGAGAAGGUUUUCCAGCUCCUUCAGCAAGUGUGUCGUGUGCUUGGCUACUACGGGAACCUCUAUUUGCUCGUGGAUCAUUUCAUGGGGCUGUACAGCGAAUCCGCCACGUACCGAAAGCAGGCAGCGAUGGUCCUCAACGAGCUGAUUGCAGGAGCUGCUGGGGUGGGAGUGGAUGUCCUCCAGGAAAGGGAGGUGUCACCGAACACGGACGACCUCAAAGGGUCCAUAACAUCCAUUCUCGAUGAGUACACAGACCAGGCGAACUGGUAUUUGAUCACGAGCGUUGAUGGAGAAGAAGUCAGCCAGGAGCAGCACCCUGUGCACCACGCAGGACUCCCUGCCCGGGCGGGGGGGGUGGGCAGCUCCCUUCUCCUUCCAUCCCCGGAGCCGCACGUGACGACCCGCACCAUGAACAGCAACAUCUGGCAGAUGUGCAUCCAGCUGGAAGGGGUCAGCUGCUUUGCUGCUGUCCUUGGGAAGGAGUUCCGGCUGCUCCUGCUGACGGCUCUGUACCCCGUGCUGGAGAAGGCUGGUGACAAGACUCUGCUGGUCAGCGAGACAGCGCUGGGGACGCUGGCAGCCGUGUGCGAGGCCUGUGGCUACGGCUCCGUACAGCUUCUGGUUAAUGACAACUCCGACUAUCUGGUGAACGGGAUCUCGCUGGGCUUGCGCCAGCUGGCACGGCAGCCACGUGCCUGCCGGGUGCUGGACACUAUGCUGAGGCAUUCAGAUGCCAGCUUGCUGCCACUGGUAGAAGACGUUAUCCAAGAUGUCCUGUUGACGCUAGAUCAGUGUUACAGCAGCCAGGCUUCCACCUUCCUCAGGGUCCUGCACUCAGUAAUGACAGCUUUAGCCCAGUGGUUUGGCUCAUCCUGCAGUGAGGAGCAGCAGCAGAGCACUGAGUGCCAGAGCAGGACCUCGUCCCAGGGGCCGCAGGCGGUGACAGCGCACGACGUGGAGCAGUUCUUCCUGGACUAUGUCAGGCAGAAGCAGGUCGCAGAGGGUGAUGUUCCCGACACGGGGGAUGAGGAGGCAGAUGAGGUUCCCCCCACUGGUAAGCCAGAGCCAAACAACUGUGACACAGAAGGAGAAGCUCCCCUGCCCAGCCAUGCUCAGCUGGCCAAAGAUGUGCUAGAGAGGUGCAUCCACUUGCUGUCAGACGGGAGCCUCCGCGUGCGGCUCAAGGUCCUGGACGUGCUGGAGCUCUGUGUAACUGUGCUGCAUCCUCACAGAAACCAUCUGCUUCCCCUGGCUCACCGUGCCUGGCCAGCUCUCGUCACCCGGCUGAUCAACGAUGACCCUCUGGCAGUGCUCAGAGCCUUCAAGGUGCUGUGUACCCUGGCUCAGAAGUGUGGGGACUUCCUGAGACAGAGAUUCUCCAGAGAUGUCCUGCCCAAGCUGACCAGCUCCCUCCUCAGCCAGGCCCCAGCGAGUGCCAGAGCUGGGCCCGUGUACAACCACACGCUCGCCUUCAAGCUGCAGCUGGCUGUGCUGCAGGGGCUGGGCUCUCUGUGCGAGAAGCUGGACAUGGGCGAGAGUGACCUGAAUAAAGUGGCAGAUGCCUGCCUGAUUUACCUCAGCGCCAGGCAGCCCAGGAAACUGCAAGAAGCUGCCCAGAG